UUUAGUGUCUCCUGAGGCUACAGGCGGGUGUUUGAGGAGUACAUGCGGGUCAUCAGCCAGCGGUACCCAGACAUCCGAAUCGAAGGGGAGAACUACCUUCCUCAACCUAUAUAUAGGCACAUAGCAUCCUUCCUGUCUGUCUUCAAACUAGUAUUAAUAGGCUUAAUAAUCGUUGGCAAGGAUCCAUUUGCUUUCUUUGGCAUGCAAGCUCCAAGCAUCUGGCAGUGGGGCCAAGAAAAUAAGGUUUAUGCUUGCAUGAUGGUCUUCUUCCUGAGCAACAUGAUUGAGAACCAGUGCAUGUCAACGGGUGCAUUUGAAAUCACUUUCAAUGAUGUUCCAGUGUGGUCUAAGCUAGAGUCUGGCCAACUUCCUUCCAUGCAGCAGCUUGUACAAAUUCUUGAUAAUGAAAUGAAGCUCAAUGUGCACAUGGAGUCAAUGCCUCAUCAUCGAUCAUAGCCCCAUCUAUCAGCACUGAAACUUCUUGCAUUAAGUGGCGAUUUCCAAAGGCAGCGUGGCUCCGACCCAUGAAGGCCUGUACUGAAGACAGCACGCUGUUAGUACAGACUGGAUGCUUCUCUCGCAGCCGCGUUGUGCCUCCUGAAAAAAAGCUUAAUAAAAGACCUCUUUCAGUGCUGGCGUGUUCCCAGAUACUGCACAGUCAUGGAGUGCAAUAAUACUGUAUAGUUUUUUUAAGAUUUCAUUCGACCAGUUCAUAGCUCGACAAUGCAGGCAUUACUAAUAGUAACUUAUUUUAUAUUCAUGUCUCACGCAAUGGCAGAUUGAGUUGAUGCCUGAUUUUUUUCCUUGGGGAAAAAAAGUUUGUUUAAUCUGUUGUAUUUUAUAUGAAUUUAUGUUCUUUUUGUAGUUUAAAAUGAAGUUAUAGGAGUGUCUGGUAUUGUCCUAAACUGUUAAGUAAUUGACAGCUGUCUAUCAAACAUCUCUAAUGUGGUUAAAGCAGGUUUGUAUAUUUUUCCAAAUAUAUGGCAGAGUCGAACAGUGCGUUAUAUACUAAAUUAUGUAAACAAAAUUAUAUGCAGAGUAGUUACAUCACUUUUGUGACUUCAGUAAAAGUUGAGAUCAGCUGCUUUUUAAAUUGCGCUGGCCAGCUCGGGAGGUUUUUCCUUGACCAUUCUGGAGAGGUGAAGAGCUGGGCCUUUCUACUGUCCUAAACAGGUGUCAAGAAAGUUAAUUGAAAUAAAGAGUCCUCAUGUACUGU